GCUGUCCUGGGUGUUGAAUCUGCUGCGGCUGCCGGAGCCGGGGAGCGGCCGCGGGAGGCACCGGGCGGGCUGGGCGGCAAUGGAGUGAGGGCUGGCGGCGGCGGGCAGGGGAGCGGGGCGUGCGAUGGGCCAGGCAUGAUGGGCGCGCUCGGCUCCGUCCUCCCGCUGCUGCUGCUGCUGCUGCUGCCGCCGCCGCCGCCGCUGCAGGUGCUCGCCGCCGCCCCGCGCGUCCAGCCGCCCUCCGCCGGGGCCGCCGCCGAGGCGCGGAUCGGCUGCUUAUUUGAAGAUGACCUUUGCAAAUCUUUUGAAAUCUGUGUAAAUGAUGGAAUAUUUGGGAGAUGUCAGCGAGUGCCAGUAAUAGACAUCUAUAAAUAUGACAUUUCACCCCCUGUUCUGCAGCAUCUGAAGAUCAUCCUGGAGAAGCUCUCACACAGAGGUUUUACCUGGCGAGAUGAUUAUACUCAGCAUGUUAUUGGUCAGGAACUCUCAACCAUUCACAAAAUCCACAGUAGACGCCUGGAUGUAUUUGCAUCUGAAGGAUCUGAUGCAGUAAGGACUUUUGGACAGAAUGCAGAUAAUGAAAGAAAUUAUGAUGGGGAAAAUGAUGUGAACUUGGCCAAGUCUCUUCAGCAAUACCUUAAAUAUCUCGGUAUUCUUUCCCAGUCUGCAUCUACAAAUCUGUAUCCAAGGAAGACAAGUGACAAAGCUUCUGUCAAGAGCUACAUCUACAAUGAUCCUAUCAGGUACUACGCGAGGCAGAACCCCAAAGAGCGAGCUCCUCCUUUGGCCCAUCCAUCAAAAUCCCACCAACAGCUCGCUGAGAACCUCCGUGGGAGGACCUUCAGCCAGAGCCAGACAGAGAAGUUCUCACCAGAGUCAGAAAUGGGGCUUGACCAAAAAGCCCUGAUGGCUGCACUGCACACCUACAUCACCCAGAACUUGUCAGCACAAAGCAGUGACAAAAGCCCUCACAGCAGGACUAAAGGGUCUCAGGUUUAUGCCGAUAGAUUCUACUCCACACAAGUCAGUCCUUUUGAUGGAAGUUUUGCCAAAGGAAAAGGAGAAGAUUUUAAAAUGAAGAAGCUGUUCCAGCCGAGGCCUGCUUCUGGAGUGCUGAGGCCAACCCCUGAGGUGCUGAGCCAUAAAUCUGCUUCCCAGGAUGAUCCCAAGGACCCUCUAAGUGUAGUGGAUGAGACACUUAUUAAAGAUGUAUUGAAGGACCUAGAGAAACACCAAGUGAACGUGGAGAAUCUCAGCUCAACAGAACUGGAUGAGAUCGCUGACACUAUCGCCACUGCAAUUCAGAGUGUUGACAUUCAGCAAGAAACACAAAAUGGUGCUGGAAAAACUAAAGAAGACAAAACAGAAGCACAAACAAAUAAAGGAGAUGCUCAAGGAAAGGCAGAGUUUCAGAUGGGAUUAAUGGAAAACAGCAUUAAUAUACCAGACAAUGGAGUGCAUGAAGCCAGUGCAAGAACUGAUAAAGAGGAGAACACUGCAAAACUAAUUAAAUUCUUGAAUGAGAAUGCACUAUCUGAAAAUGUGCCCAAAGACCUUGGGCCUGAAGAAUCUACUAAGACAGAAACCAAGAAAUCUGAAGAAACUGACUCUUCUGAAGAAAUAAAUGCUGGUGUGGAAAAUGUAAAAAGUGAGACUUUCUCAAGGGAGCUGACAACUGCAGAGAACAGUGAAUCUGACUCCAAAGACCCAAGCAAGACCAGCUACUGGAUUAAGAAUGCUUUAAUGCAGGAUGGAAACUCCUAUGAAAAGCCUCAGAAAAAUAUGGGACAAGGCUUACAACUUGAAGUGAAGUCUUCUGAGGAGAAAGAAUACGGCUACAUUGUGACAGUGAAAGACCCCCUGAGUGUGGAAAAGGGCUUGGAGUUAAUAAAGGAAGUGGCAGAUCUCCUGAAGCUGCAGAUGAGUGUCUUCGAUGAUGUCAACGUGCUGGGACCAGCUGUGACCUUCAGAGUGCACUCAAACCUCCAAAACAUUUCAACUGCAGAUGUUGCCAAAGAAGCAGCCAUAAACAAAGAGAAGCUUGAGAAAACAACUGGACUGAAAAUUCUGCAGACUGGUGUGGGGGAGAAAAGCAACGUCCCGCCGCUGGCGCAGCGCGGGGAAGAGGCAGAGUCCGCCAAAUUCCUCCUCCUCACCCUCCUCUCCCUCGCCUGCAUCGCCGGGGUCCUGGCGGCGUCGGGGGUCGCCUACUGCCUCCGCCACCGCGCACACCACCGCCUGAAGGAGAAGCUCUCGGCCCUGGGGGCCGACGCCGGCUCCGACGCGCCCGCUGCUUACCAGGAGCUAUGCCGCCAGCGCAUGGCAGUGAAAACAUCUGAUCGCCCGGAACCCCUCCACUCUUCCCGAAUAAACAGCGUUUCUUCUCAGUUCAGCGAUGGGCCCAUUCCCAGCCCCUCGGCCCGGAGCAGCACAUCGUCCUGGUGUGAGGAGCCGGUCCAGUCCAACAUGGACAUCUCCACCGGUCACAUGAUCCUGUCCUACAUGGAAGAUCACCUGAAAAACAAGAAUCGUCUGGAGAAAGAGUGGGAAGCUCUGUGUGCUUAUCAGGCCGAACCCAGCGACACCACCAUUGCACAGCAGGAGGAAAAUAUCCAGAAGAACCGCUCCCAGGCUGUAGUACCAUAUGACCAUUCUAGGAUAUGUCUGAAAGGUGAAAGCAGCCACGACAGUUCAGACUACAUCAAUGCUAGUCCAAUUAUGGACCAUGACCCCAGAAACCCUGCAUAUAUUGCCACCCAGGGCCCUCUCCCUGCUACUGUUGCUGACUUCUGGCAGAUGGUCUGGGAGAACGGCUGUGUCGUUAUUGUCAUGCUGACACCCCUCGCGGAAAACGGAGUCAAACAGUGCUACCACUAUUGGCCAGACGAAGGGUCAAACCUCUACCACAUCUAUGAGGUAAAUCUUGUCUCUGAGCACAUCUGGUGCGAGGAUUUCCUCGUGAGGAGCUUCUACCUGAAGAACCUGCAGACAAACGAGACACGCACAGUGACACAGUUCCACUUCCUUAGCUGGAACGAUCAGAGGGUUCCUGCUUCCACGAGAUCACUUCUGGAUUUCCGCAGAAAAGUAAACAAGUGCUACAGGGGUCGCUCUUGUCCAGUAGUUGUUCAUUGCAGCGAUGGUGCAGGAAGAAGUGGAACCUACAUUCUAAUUGACAUGGUUCUCAAUAAAAUGGCCAAAGGUGCUAAAGAGAUUGAUAUUGCUGCUACCCUGGAGCACUUGAGGGACCAGAGACCAGGCAUGGUCCAGACAAAGGAGCAGUUUGAGUUUGCGCUGACAGCAGUUGCAGAGGAAGUGAAUGCAAUACUCAAGGCCCUUCCCCAGUGAGCAGCUCAGUCUCCUGAAGGCUCCUGCAGAAUCCAUCCCUCGUUUUCCUCAUCCUCAGUCCCUGUGAAUGUUCUUGGAAACCGUGACCUGACCUUAACUGUGUAUCUUCUGUUGUAAUCACAUAGUGAUAGGGUCCUUACAAACUCCUUUAGCUGGUAAAAGUUCAACAGUUAAAAUGUGUAUUCUGUUUUUUGGGGUUUUAAACAAAUUUUUAAAAGUACAUCAGAGCCUCGGAUUAAGUGACAGAACAAUCCAUCUAAUUCCUUUCACAUCCUUGAAGCCCUGAAUGUCACACUUUGAAAGCACACAUUCAUGUUCUUAGUAGCAAAUAUACAAUAUUGUGGGUAAUUAGUGCAGUCAAUAUAGUCACAGAAAACGGUGUUCUGUUAUAUUUGUAGCUUCUCAAAAGCCGAAUAAGAGGGAGGGCCUGAAGAGGAUGGUGAUUGUUCCCAUACAAUGCCAAGCUGGAGCAUGAAACAGUACUGAGGGUGUGAGUAAACACAAGUCCAGGAGGCUCUGGCAAGGAAAACUUGCACCUUCUCAUGCCAGGCUUUGGCAAGCAAAUGUUUUCUUAGCUGUUGUUUACUUUUCAGCUUUGUGCCAUGAGAGGAAGAAAAUCUGAACUAUAAGUAAAACAGGCUUGCACAGUUAUUGCAACUGGGGAGGUCAUUUUGGUCACAUUAAUGGGAAGUUGGGGGAUAACGAGCACAACAGCUCUGACCAUGUACCUGCCACUGACAGCAUGGAAAACAGAGGGUAAACUCCCCUCAGGUGAUGAGAAAGGCCCUGUCAGCAAUCAGGUAACUGUCUGGAGCUGUUAUGGAAACGAAUUGUUGGUUUUAUGGGAUUACUGAGGAAGAAAAUGAGACUCUCCUCUUUAUAUUUUUGCAUUUCCUUCUGUAAAGUUCUGCAGUGCCACCCUUUUUAGCCAGGAAAAUAUAUUUCUGUAAAAGCCUGGCUGAAGGAGAAAUCUCAUAUCUGCGUUUUAUGAUUCUCAUCGAACUUGUCUGAUCCAGAAGUUCAUUGCAGCUUUCUGCAGAGACUCUGCUUGCUCCUUGUUCUGAAUGAUACCUAUUUUAAUUAAGCAUGAAGGGGUAAAGCAACACACAGGUUGAAUUUCAGAGACUCUUGUGUUCUCAAGAUCCUCAUGCCUCCUGCUGAAAAGUAAUGCUAAAGUAUGUCUGUAAAUGGUUUGGUUUAUGGAAUCUUGCUUCUGUGAAUUCACAGGUUUAGUUGUGGCCCUCUUCUUAAGGAAUUUAAAUUAUUGAUAGAAAGUACUCUGAUAUGUUUGAAUGAAGGGCCUGAGAGUAAAAUUAUUGAAGGUACCUAAGUGAUCUAAGCUCUUAAUUUCAUUUCCAAAAAUGAAUACUUGGAUGCUUUUUCAUAUGUUAUCCUACAUCUCCAUGACUUAAGAAUCUGGGGUGCUUUUUUUCCAAAAUCUUAAGUGUGUUGUGUGCUUGAAACCAUAUUAGGCUAAUCAUUUAACUUCAGCUGGAAAAUAUAUCAUUGAAUUUAAUUUGGGAAGGGGACACUUUUAUAAACUUCUAAUCAAUGAAAUGUAAAAGAUAACAGUAUUACAGAGUUUUGCUGGCACAGAGGUAAUGGGCAUCUAUUGAAAUCAACCAUGUUGCAAUUUUGUGUCGUAGGUGUGGAUAUUGGUGAUUUCUUCUUUUUAGCAAUUAAAGAGUUACUAAAAAAAAAAAAAGCAGAAGGCUUGUAACUUUUUGCCAUACAUUUUUGUAUGCUUUACUUGAUAUGUGCUGUUGCUUAAUUUGUGCAUCCCAUUACUAUAGCAGUGCAGAGCAGUUACUGCAGAUGCCAUCAUCCUCUUAAGUACACAUACUGUACAUUAAGCCACAUGUUUAUUUUAUGGCCUAAGCAUUUUAGAGCUUUCCUAGCAAUAACUAAAAAAACUAAUGGAGUAUAAAUGAGAAAAUUGCCUUUUUCAUUUGAUAAUUUAGGUUUAACAGGAUUCUUUUAUUACUUUAGCUAACACAAAAUUGCAGAUCAGGGCAGAUGAGAUCGGUUGGAGCCGUAUCAGCAAGUGUUUGAAGGAGAUUUACUGUGAGCCAUGUACUGCAGCUUUCUGAAAAUACAGGUAGUUGUAUGCAAACAAACUGUCCAAAGAAUCAAAAUUGGGGCAUCCUAACAAGGCCUCUGAUUAUCGGGCAGAAUUGUUUCCCCAUGCGAGAUGCUGUGCCAUUACCUGCUGCCAAUGGGCUAAUGGGUUUUUAGCUCAGAUUUCUGCCCUGGGAGUCAUUAGUGUUCGCCUUCUGACUGUCCCUGUGCAUACCACAAACAUGCCUGACGAGCCUUUCGUUUGCACUUCAGGAAUAUUUUUUAAUUGUUCUUUUGCAAAUAUUUGCAUUUCGUAAUAGCAGUUUCAGGGUGAUCUCUAUUAAUUCACAAGCAGCUGAGUGUGGGACUUAAAUAUUUCUCUUCAUGCUUCGGAGUUUAUUUAGCGUAGAUUAGAGGGCAUUAAUCUUCCCCAAGGCUAAUGGGGCAGGAAUGUAUUGUUUUAUUCAUACUUGUAGGCCAGUUUACACAACAGAAAGAUGCAGUCUUACUCAGAGGGUUAGAGUAUCUCCCACUGACCAUCAUUGACAAUCCUGCUAUUUCAGCCAUGUUUUGUACAGUUCUUCCACAAAGAGGUGCCAGGCUUAUUUUGUUGACUGUAAACGAUCACACAGAGUAUUUUGUCUGUGCAUAGCACACUGUUCACACCUCUCAAUAAAUGCCAUGUUUCUGGGGGUGAUAAUCUACUGCAGGAUCGAUUAGCGAAAUGCAGGUUUCAGUUGCACCAGGGCAAUCCAGGGGGGUUUGAUAAUCCAUUCCCCAGGAAGAUGCCAAAGCCAUGGAUGAAGCCACAAAGAUGGAUCUGCCACAAAGGGCAGGUAUUUGCUUUCACUGCAGUUAACUUAAUCCUUGUGAUCUGUCAAAGGAUGAUGUUCAUACCAACACUCGAUCACUUAACCUGACAAUGAACAUGGGGUGGGUCCCAUGUCCAGUGUGAGUUGAGCUUCUACCUUAAAACCAGAAUCACUUGAGAGCCUGAAGUCAAAUGAGACCCACCAUCUUUCCCUGUUCAAUAUUCUGCUUGAUCUUUAGUAAACUCAUUGCAAUUGAAGCUUGGGCAGAUGCCUGAUGUGUGGCCAUAAACAGCAUGUGUUUAACAUUGACCGUCCUCGCGUUCUUGAUAAAGACAAAUUGAAUGUACAGGUCCUGUUUGUGUGGUUGAAUCUUUAAAUGACAUUUAAGGGGGUGAGCUGCAGGAGGGUGAUUUAACCCCACUGCUCACAGUUUCCUUCCUUGCUGGUCAGAGGGAGAAAACCCUGUUUUCCAGCUCACGCAGCUGCUGUUCCCGAGCAGGACAGUGACCUGACCAGACCCCGGGCUUGUGUAGUCACAGCAUGUCCAGGUAUGUGGGAUGGAGAUGUGGUUCACCACCGUUGAUAGUUCACAGGAGUAACAGCACAGUUGCUCUCUCCAGCCUUCGCCCUUCCCAUGAUAUGGGUCCGGCCAGGGCAUGGAGGGGCAGGGCAGCACCAUUCCCCAAAUCCCAGAUCUUUGAGGUUCAGCCCUAGCUACAGGGAAAACAGUGUGGGGUUUGCUGUUGGCUUCACAUGUUUCAGGUGUGAGCUCUAACCAUUGCUGUUGGCCAUUGUUGGUGGGACCUGGUGCAGCCCAGGUAAUAUCCAGUGGAAGUCCUUCGCAAUUGUGAGGGCCAAGAAUGAAUUUCAGCAGAAAAUCACAUAUCCAAAUCUCAAUGCAGCAGCAAAACAAGCAAGAUUAUUUUUAUACAAGCUUCUAAACAUUUAAAACAUUUAAAAAUAUUUUUAAAAUCUACACCCAUGACUAAACCUUGUCCCUGUCUCUAGCAUGCAUGCAGAACCAAUCCCCAUCCAUCCCCAGGGGAAUGACAGCUAUAGUACCUGUAAGGAGUUCAUGCUUUAUUAGUCAAGUGGAACAUUAAUAAAACCUGGCCCACUUCAUAAUUUCCAGAAUAGUCAUUAAUUAAAAAAACUGUUUAUUGAAAUAGAAAACAAGUAUUUGAUUAGCUUUGUUACAGAACAAUAGCUCUCCUAAUUUUUAUUCUGCAUAUUUUAUUCUUUCUUUAGAAAAUUCUCUUAAGAAUCAUUUGAGAUAAUUCGCUUUUUAAAACUGUACAGUUUCUAUGGGUUUGCUUUUUAAAUGAAAGUAUACUUUGUAGAUUUGAUUAUUAUAUUUUUCUGUUAAGAUUACAUUGGGCAUUACAAAAGCAUUCCCCACCACAGUGAAAAGAAAGCAAUCCUGUUGGUUUAUUGUAAAAGAAAAAAAAAUAAUUAAAACAAAAUUGCAGAGCUGUGGCAUACUCAAUCCAAUUAGAGCAUGACUCUUUACUACUCUUCAUUUACCACAUGAGAAAAAAAAUAAAGUUACACCAGCAAGAUUUCAUUUGAAGCUGUUCAUGCAUGCUGUUUGUACUGUAUUUGAUGGCAUAAUAUUGUUUUGUUUACAACCUUUUCUUUCUUGUCAUUCUAUUAUAUUCUUUGUAUGUAUAUAGUUUAAAAAAAAAAUUAUACAAAGUAUUUUGUUCUACCUCUGUAAAAAUCAUAUUUGUGAAUAAAGUCACAUUGUCUGUGGAUUAUGGUAUUGUGAAUACAGCA